CUUUCAUCUAGAGAGCUCUCUACAAACACAACUCACAAAUCUUUACUCUCUUUCCGAUCUAAAAUACAUUUGUCCUUAAAAAACAUGAUGAACACAAAGAAGCUCAUCAAGAUGGCCAAGAAAUGGCAACAAAGAGCAGCCCUUCACAGGAGAAGAAUCUCUUUCCACAGAACAAGUAGUAGCAGCUCAACGGUUGUAGAGAAGGGUUGUUUUGUGGUUUACACGGCGGAUCAAAAGCGCUUUGCUUUUCCUUUAAGGUACCUAAGCAACUCUGUUUUCCAAGAGCUCUUGAAGAUCUCUGAAGAAGAGUUUGGCCUCCCAAGCGGUGGACCAAUAACGUUGCCAUUCGAUUCUGUUUUCAUGGAGUAUCUCGUUAAGCUGGUGGAGCUAAAGAUGGAUGGAGAUACAGAAAAGGCUUUGUUAAUGUCAAUAUCCAGUGCUAGAUGCUCUUCUUUAAAUUGUUCUUUAGAACAACAGUUGCUGGUAUUUUAGAAUCUCUAUGCAUCAAAGAUUGUAAAUACGUUUUAUAGUUAGAUUAUACUGGUAUACAAAACAAAAUUUGACUUGCUUUCAACAAACUGAAAUUUACUAAAAUUUCAGUGCUCUGAAUGUUUACUGUCCAAAUUUGGCAGAGAUCAUGAAUACGUUUAUCUUUUUUCAAUAUAACAAGUGAG